UUGCGCUUUAAGGGGAGAGGGCUGCUGGAGUGUCACCUACGGCUGCGGGAAGUUUUAAUAUUUUAUGCAGAAAUAAAGAAACCCUUUUGAUUUUAAUCUGGACGGGUUUCAGCUUUGCCGACGUGUUCGAUGAAGCGUUACCUUGUCAAGUUACCUUAUGUUCGUUUAUCUUAAAAUAAUGCUAUUUUAGGAUAUUAUGUUAGCUAGUUGUUUUUGUCAUUAGAGCAAAAGCUGUCAGCUGUAAGGAGACAUUGUCUUCUGAUUAUCAGACGAGAACCUGCUUUCUGCCUGUCUCCCCCCCUCAACGCCAGCGUUUCUGGUUGAACCAAGCCUAAAAGCGAUUCAUCUUCCGAGGAGACCCGACUUAUUGCGCCGACAUGGGGUAUGGACGGUCGGACAGCUACCGUGUGGCCACCACACAGGACAAGGAUGACAAGGACUCUCCCAAGAAGAAGGGAGGCAAAGAUCUGGAUGACCUGAAGAAGGAAGUUCCCAUAACGGAACACAAAAUGUCUGUUGAGGAGGUUUGUCGGAAAUACACGACCGAUAUCGUCCAGGGUCUGACCAAUGCCAGAGCAGCAGAGUACCUGGCCAGGGAUGGCCCCAACGCCCUAACUCCACCCCCCACUAUCCCGGAGUGGAUCAAGUUCUGUCGUCAGUUGUUUGGUGGCUUCUCCAUCCUGCUGUGGAUUGGUGCCUUCCUCUGCUUCCUGGCCUAUGCCAUCCAGGCUAUCACAGAGACCGAGCCCACUAGGGAUAACCUGUAUCUGGGUAUCGUGCUGUCAGCUGUUGUCAUCAUCACUGGCUGCUUCUCCUACUUCCAGGAAGCUAAGAGCUCCAAGAUCAUGGAGUCCUUUAAGAACAUGGUCCCUCAGCAAGCCCUGGUUAUCCGUGAGGGAGAGAAAAUGCAGAUCAAUGCUGAGCAGGUGGUGGCAGGAGACCUGGUGGAGGUGAAAGGAGGAGACAGGAUCCCCGCUGACCUCCGCAUCAUCUCCUCCCACGGCUGCAAGGUGGACAACUCAUCCCUGACUGGAGAAUCAGAGCCCCAGACCCGGUCACCUGAUUGUACCCAUGACAACCCCUUGGAAACCCGCAACAUUGCCUUCUUCUCCACCAACUGUGUCGAGGGAACAGCACGUGGUAUUGUUGUGUGUACUGGUGAUCGUACGGUGAUGGGUCGCAUCGCCACCCUGACCUCAGGCCUGGAAACUGGCAAGACACCCAUUGCCAAGGAGAUUGAGCACUUCAUCCAAAUCAUCACAGGCGUGGCCGUCUUCCUCGGUGUGUCCUUCUUCAUCCUCUCACUCGUCCUGGGUUAUAGCUGGCUGGAGGCCGUCAUCUUCCUCAUCGGUAUCAUUGUGGCUAAUGUGCCCGAGGGACUGCUGGCCACAGUCACUGUGUGUCUGACGUUGACUGCUAAGCGAAUGGCUCGUAAGAACUGCCUGGUAAAGAACCUUGAGGCUGUGGAGACACUAGGCUCCACCUCCACCAUCUGCUCUGACAAGACGGGAACCCUUACCCAGAACAGGAUGACUGUGGCCCACAUGUGGUUUGACAACCAGAUCCAUGAGGCUGACACCACUGAAGACCAGUCUGGGUGCUCCUUUGACAAGAGUUCCACAACAUGGGUGUCUUUGGCCCGCAUCGCUGCUCUGUGCAAUCGUGCUGUUUUCAAGGCCGGCCAGGAUUCUUUGCCCAUCCUUAAGCGCGAGGUGGCUGGCGAUGCAUCAGAGUCAGCCCUGCUGAAAUGUAUUGAGCUGUCAUGUGGCCCCAUCAAGGUUCUGAGGGACAAGAACAAGAAGGUGGCUGAGAUCCCUUUCAACUCCACCAACAAGUACCAGCUCUCAAUUCACGAAACUGAGGGUGAAAAUGACAAUCAAUACCUGCUGGUGAUGAAGGGAGCACCGGAAAGGAUCCUUGACCGGUGCUCCACCAUCAUGCUGCAGGGCAAAGAACAGCCCAUGGACGAUGAGAUGAAGGAGGCUUUCCAGAACGCCUAUCUGGAGCUGGGAGGGCUGGGAGAGAGAGUACUGGGUUUCUGCCACUUGUUCCUGCCGGAGGACAAGUACCCCAAAGGUUUCGCCUUUGACACAGAUGAUGUCAACUUCCAGACAGACAACCUUUGCUUUGUGGGCAUCAUGUCCAUGAUUGACCCUCCCCGUGCUGCCGUGCCUGACGCCGUGGGAAAAUGCCGCUCCGCUGGCAUUAAGGUUAUUAUGGUGACUGGUGACCAUCCAAUCACAGCCAAAGCCAUCGCUAAGGGUGUCGGCAUCAUCUCAGAGGGCAACGAGACCGUGGAAGAUAUUGCUGCCCGCCUCAACAUCCCUGUCAGCCAGGUCAACCCCAGGGAUGCCAAGGCCUGUGUGAUCCAUGGCACAGAUCUGAAAGACCUCACUCAGGAGCAGAUGGAUGAUAUUUUGAGGAACCACACAGAGAUCGUCUUUGCCAGAACCUCCCCACAGCAGAAGCUCAUCAUUGUAGAAGGCUGCCAGAGACAGGGUGCCAUUGUGGCUGUGACAGGUGACGGUGUGAACGACUCUCCUGCCCUGAAGAAGGCUGACAUUGGUGUUGCCAUGGGAAUCUCUGGCUCAGAUGUGUCCAAACAAGCAGCUGACAUGAUCUUGCUGGAUGACAACUUUGCCUCUAUUGUCACUGGAGUAGAGGAAGGCCGUCUGAUCUUUGACAACCUGAAGAAGUCCAUCGCUUACACUCUGACCAGCAACAUCCCAGAGAUCACCCCCUUCCUGUUCUUUAUCAUAGUCAACAUCCCACUGCCUCUGGGCACCAUCACCAUCCUUUGUAUCGACCUGGGAACUGACAUGGUACCAGCCAUCUCUCUGGCCUAUGAGGUAGCAGAAAGUGACAUUAUGAAGCGCCAGCCUAGAAACCCACUGAGAGACAAACUGGUUAAUGAGAGACUCAUCAGUAUCGCCUAUGGACAGAUCGGUAUGAUCCAAGCUCUUGGUGGUUUCUUUGCCUAUUUUGUCAUCAUGGCUGAAAAUGGGUUUCUGCCAUCUGUGCUUGUCGGCAUCCGCCUCAACUGGGAUGAUCGCUCCACCAACGAUUUGGAGGACAGCUACGGGCAGCAAUGGACCUAUGAGCAGCGUAAGAUUGUGGAGUUCACUUGCCACACAGCCUUCUUUGUCAGUAUUGUGGUGGUGCAGUGGGCAGACGUCAUCAUCUGCAAGACCAGACGUAACUCUGUGUUCCAGCAGGGAAUGAAGAAUAAGAUUUUGAUCUUUGGCCUGUUUGAGGAAACGGCUCUGGCUGCUUUCCUGUCCUACUGCCCUGGCAUGGAUGUGGCACUACGGAUGUACCCUCUCAAGCCCAGCUGGUGGUUCUGUGCAUUCCCAUACAGUUUCCUCAUCUUUGUUUACGAUGAGAUUCGAAAACUCAUCCUUCGCCGAAACCCUGGAGGCUGGGUGGAAAAAGAGACGUACUAUUAAAUUAUCAAAGCAUCAUUUACUUCUCCCUCUAUCCCUUCUUCUGUCUCCCUCUCUUUCUUUCCUCCUUCCCUUCAUCUAUCCCACCUCUCCUCUCAGCAUACUCAAACUGUACAAGAAAACAUUUUACUCCUCCUCUCCAUCCUCAUCUCCUAAAGAAACAAACAAAAAAAAAAAACGCCAAGAUGACGAGAGGAACGAUGACAGAGGAGGAGAGGAUGGGGGCGGGGCCGGGUUUGUAGAUCUUUCCCUGUCCUCUCCGUCCCUCUGUUUCCUUGUUUUUCUAUCCAACAUUUCCACAGCACUAAUCUGCCAGUAACAAUGUUUGUGCCGAUGCUUAUUGCUACACUGUUAGCUGCAGCUGCUCAUCAUGUGUGUACUCAAACUGCACCACUGUGUGGAACUGAAUAAAGAUAUAAUACUAAGAAGAAUAAAGACAAACACCUGACUGUUCCACUGCCAUCACUCUUGCCAAGCAGAACAACAACAUGGCAGCUCCCGUCUUGACUCCCAACUGGCGAUUUGAGCCGCUGGGUGGUAUCUUUUUUGUGUUUUCUGGGAAAAGCCGCCCAGACCCAGCUCUCCGGUCACUGCCAUUUCCCACCAUUCUUCCACUUCUCUACUUCUUUUCCCUCCGUUUGUCUCUGUUAAAUCUGCCAGUCUUCUACUGCCAUUCUCUCUCCCGCCUCCUCUCAUAUCGAUGAAGAAUCAAUCUCGCCAUAAAACUGACACGCUCGCCCACGUGCAACGUCAGCGGGGUGGCAAAAUAAAGCUCACUUCCUUUCUCUGCCUCCCCCCAUCCUCCUUCCUGUGUAUUUAUUCUGCUUGUGUUGUUGUUUUCUAAUAGACAACUGGGUGUUUUUUUAAAAUGUUCAUAAAGUUUUUUAAGUUUGGAGUGGGUCUGAGAGCUGCUUGUUUUCAUUCAGACAUGACAAAGCACACUGGCUGUCCCUCUCUCUUCUUCUUUUCCCCUCACACUCCUCCUCUACCUCCCCCGUCCUCACCCUGCCUGUUUAUCUGUCCCUGUUUGUCUCUGUGUGAACACCGUGCAAACCCUCCAUCCUUGUGAACUUCCACCCACUCAGACUACCAGCCUCCUCUUAUUCUCCCACCCUCAACCUGCCUGAAACCUCCCUCCUCAACCCCACCCAAACCUCACCCCUGUUAAAAAAAAAUAAAAUAAAAUAAAUACAAUCUUUCUGUGUCCUCGGAAAAAGAGAUUUCUCUCUAAUUUCUUUAUCUAAAUCUGUGGGAAUAUGGAACAAGGCACUGUACCUUAACAUGCAAAACAUCAGCAAAAAAAAA